CUAGCCUAGCCGGUCGCAGCCAAGCCAGCUUUGCAUGACGCGGCUAACUCGAAAGCGAGACCUACAUGUACUGUACCUGCUGGUCCGGCAGCACGCGCACUGUAUUGUGCACCGGGGCCGUAUCGGUGCAUUUAUCACAUGACUGUUUCAAAGGUGCUCAGAGCAAUUUACUUUGAGGGUUUUGAUAUAUAUUCUACUUUAAGCAAGUGCCCCAGCAUGGAAUGGAUUACCACUUUCAUCGCUUUGCUCAGCCUGGCAUCCAUCAGUCUGUACCAGGCUAGUGCUGCCUCUAAUCCAGAUAUCAUCAAGGCCAUGCCUGGAUUGCUGAAGCAGCCAAGCUUUGACAUGUUUUCAGGCUAUCUGGAUGGCACAGGCACGAAGAAGCUGCAUUAUUGGUACAUUGAGUCCGAGCAUUCGGUGACAGAUCCACUCAUCAUCUGGCUGAGCAGUGGACCAGGCUGUAGCACCAUCUACAGUGCCCUCACUAGCAACGGUCCGUUCAGGGUCCAGCCGGACGGUGCCAGUCUGGAGUACAACCCGAACAGUUGGAAUCUGAAUGCCAAUUUAUUGUACAUCGAUGCUCCAGUUGGGACUGGUUUCUCAUAUUCUCUUGACAGCUCAUACGCCUCAAAUGAUACAGAAGUGACAGAGGAUCACUUCCAGGCUCUUCUGUCCUUCUUCACCAAGUACCCCAACAGCACACUCAAUGUCAUCUACAUAGCUGGGGAUGGGUACAGCGGGGUCUAUGCACCCCUUCUACUAGCCAAACUGGACAGUGUCUCUCAGAAACUACCACUGCAGUUCGGGGGCAUUGCCAUUGGUAAUCCUCAUACUAGUCUAGUAUUGCAAGACAACUCGCUUAUUUAUUUUGCUUAUCACCAUGGCAUUAUUGGGGACAAGCUCUGGUCUGUGCUUAGCAUGUCCUGUUGUCCACAGGGGAAAUGUAACUUCCACAACAACACCAAUAAGCAGUGUGAAAGUGCCGUAAACGAAACAGUGCAUGAUGUGCUUAACAUCGGUAUUAAUCCCUACAAAGUCAAUGGUGACUGUGCUGGCGGAGUACCUGUGUCCUCAGGAAUGGCUGGUCGGGAUGGAUUCUACCAUUAUCCACCGGGGAUGCAGCAUAUAUUUGCCAAAAGUAAUCUCAUUCAGAAGCAGCAAAAGCACAUUAAAGGGAUUCCGUCAUGGAAGCUCAAAGCAGACCUGACCUGCAUCAACACUACUGCCGUGACCAAGUAUCUCAAUGAUCGUGAUGUCCGUUCAGCCCUGCAUAUAGGAGACGAUUUCCCCACAUGGGAAGUGUGCAAUGCCACCGUUGAUCAACUGUACACUCGACAGUAUCCUGACAUGUCCAGCGUAUACACAGACCUCCUGAACACAUUUAAGUACCGCCUGUUAGUCUACAGCGGAGACCAGGAUGCCACUCAUAACUUCCUGGGCAAUGAGUGGUUUGUGACCAAUCUAAGAAGGGAGGCCGAGGUUCAGUGGCGACCUUGGCUGUACAAGAACGCUGACGAUCAAGACCAGGUAGCAGGCUUUGUCAAAGAGUAUGACAACAUUGCCUUCCUCACCAUCAAAAAUGCAGGUUUCUGGGCACCAAGGGAUCAACCUCUGGCCACCGGCCUUCUCAUCUACAAUUUCAUCAACAAGAGGCCAUAUUGAGAUGCCCAUGGUCAUCCACAUCAAGCCUAGUAGCAGGUGCCAGGAUGAGUGCAGAGCAGUUGGGGCCGUCACCUAAAAGGGGGCAAAGCUUUCUGGGGGAGGGGCGCUCCUCUUUGUUAGCAGCAAACUGAUUAAUUAUUAGUGGUGGAAGGUGUCAAUUCUGAGGUGUUUCAUUCAAAGUGAGAAGUUUCAUCCUGUCCAUCUGUGUUUUCUGUCUCUUUUAUGGGGGGGGGUAGCCUUUCUCCACCCCACCUGACAUGCACAAGUGCAAUUGCACUAAUCACAAUUGCCACUUCUUAAAUACAUUGUCUCAAGAACUAUACCCAUGCUUGACGUGGCUUGUUCAAGUGUGUUAUUUUGCUAAUUGCUCAAACAGAUUGGAUUUUUGAGAAAAAUCCCCCCCCUCAAAAAAAUGAAAUUUUUCUCAGGGUGAAAGUUAAUCGCUGGGCAGUCAGUGCAGAGUCAAAUCACACACUAUCAAAGUGAACUGUGCCAGAGGCUUUCCUCUUCCAUUGCUCAUAAGCCUUUUGCGAGGUAAAUAUGAAUAAAAUCUGGUACACGGAGUUAUCAGAUUGCACAUAAACAUAGCAAUUUGAAUUCCCCAGACUAAAGACACUGUUGCUGUACCUCGUGACUGGGGGCAAGCUUUGACAUAGCGACCACCAUGUCUGGAAUGGCCUGGUUCCUUUGUGCCCGUCUUAUCCAUUGAAAACAGUGUAUUGGUGCAAGGUGUCUCUCAUGUAACUAAGCAAAAGCUAACCUCCAAAUCACAAAGUAUAGCAACGGCGUCUUAAGUACGGAGGAUUCAAAUUGUAAUGUUCACAGGAAUUUAAAGAACUCAGUGACCAGAUUUUAAUCAAAUGUAACUCGCAAAAGGCUUAUUUACCUAAUGGGGAUGUGUAUACCUGUACUGUUCAGCAUUAUAUGCCUAGUGCUUUCUGGGAAGAUGUCUCCAAACCUCGGUGGUUGGAUUUGAACCCACGACCCUGUACUUACUAGUGCAGUGGUCUUAGUUGUAGGGCCACCCAUUUAGCAGCUGGUACCGUGAUGAUUGGAUGAUCAUGUGUUAAUUGUGGACAUUUGUUGAAAUUAUCUCCUUCAGUAUUACACCGAGAUCUUGUAUUGUGAUAGUCUUAUAUGUAUCACACCGAGUCAUAUUUUACUUUUUACAUAAUGACAUCAGUGUCUAAUGAAUUUUGCUGUUACUUGGCAUGAUGACCUGUGAAGAAUUAACUUUUAUACAAUUCCGAUUGGCAGGAAUUUGAAAGAAAUUCAGUACUAAGAUACAUUGACUGAGGCAGCUGUAUGGGAGAUAUUUAAACUUAUGAAACUCAACAUUGUUAUAAUUCACAACUAAAGUCAACUAAAAGUGAGCUGCUGCACGGGACUCUCUUUUGACUUGAAAAAAAUUCAGCCCUUUUUAAUUGAUCCAUGUGAUCUUUUCGUUUGAACAUUCAGCCUGCUGUGGCCUAACAGCAGCUAGAAAUAAAUUUCUACUGUACAUUUUAUAUGCUUCAUACCUUGGGUGCAGAGUGCUGAAGACUAUUUUUCUAGGUUUUACUUUACAUUGUAUGUCGUGGAAAUCAGACAAAAGAAUGGUUUUUGUGAGUGUACCCUCUAGAAUUGAGAUGAAAGAGGUGUAAAAAGGGGCCCUUGGGUGACAAAUGUAUUUAUUUCAGCGUACACCCAACAAGAAGUCUGAUAACUUGAUUUAUAUUUCCGACACUCUUAAUACAUUGAAAUUUAUACAAAGUAAUCAUUGUAUACAUUUCUGUGUUGUGUGUCCGCACUUUCAUUGUUGGGUCUACAUUGUUCCCCUUCAUUUCUACCCACAAGGACAGCAUUCAAGGAAGCAGGUUAAUGUUAAUAACAGUAUUUUUGUCUUUACCACAAUAAACUGUACAGUUUUAUCACAUAGAUCAUGGAAGUCAAAGGACAGCUGUAUGUGCAAGUGUUGCUGUGCGCUAUUUAUUUUCCAACUUUGCUGAGCUUCAAGACAUAACACAGGUUUGCAUAAAAACUGUUUUAAAUUAAUUACGCAUACAUCAGAAACUGUGCAAAAAAAUGCAUUCUAAGAAUAAAUAUUUUGGAUCAGAAAGAAUCACAAAUAUGUGGAAUUUGUAAGUUUUUAUAAAUACUCCGGGGCCUGCGUGUAAACAUUUUCUAUGUAAAACGUUUCCCUCAUUACUCUCCAGCAAUUCAUUGCCACAUGUACCGUACCAUUUUACGUACAAAGCUAGUCUUUCCAUUCUAUUCUUGUUAAUUUACUUAUUUUUGUAACUAAUCUUUUAAUAUGCUCCAUGAUUUAAAAUUACACUUGUAAAUUGACAAGUGAGGAUUACCAUAUCUUGAUAAUAAAAAAACCACCCUUUAUGUCAACAUCAAACAAUGCAUACUGUUACAUGUUUUUAUACAGUAAGAGCCAAGUGGCCAUUCAGCAAUUAGUGAAGACUUUUUAGUUCCAGCUCUGAUAUAUUUCACUCUGUAUAACCUUUAAAUAUACAUGUACAUGUAUCUGUCAACUGUAAGGGCUAUUUCCAGUACUUACAAGAUCACAGAGUAAAACUACAUAAAUUAGAUUGGUGGGUAUGCUUACAUAUACUGUACAUGUGUUGAGCACAAUUACGGUUGUCAAAAAGACAACCGUAAUUGACAUGAGAGGGAAAACACUAAGCACAUUAUACAACACAAUAUCCUUCAUGCAGUACAAACGUGAUCCAAUUUUGGUAAAUUUUCACUUUUACCACAGUCACUUGCUAACGCCAGUAAUUUUUCAAAUUCAAAAUAAAACCCUGGUUUUAAUAUGCUGAACAUUCCAUGCAUUUUGAACACUGUCAAUAAACACAUGAUCAGAGAGGAAAUGACCUCCCCAAUAUCCUCAGACUGUUGAAAACUGUCACUAUCACCUGAUCAGUCUGUAUUAAAGCUCAAAACAAACUCUAUAGUAUUAAAUGUUGUGACAAUUGUGUAGCAUUGCCUAGUACUGCCUUGUAUAGCCACGCAUUGUUACAUCCAACCACAAUGGCUUCAUGCAUAAACAAAUGAUCGUCCUUGGGUGACAAAUCAAGUAUGUGACAUUCACUUGCUCAAGCACAUCUAGCAGAGAGUAUGCACAACACUAAUUUGAGAUAAAAUGAAACUGUGCCUUCACAUUCACUAGUUGUAAAAAAAUCAAGGGAUAAGUGGUACCAUGCUCGCUUGAAAGCCUUGCGUACUGUGGUGGCACCAUGCUCACUUGAAGGCCUUGCGUACUGUGGUGGCACCAUGCUCGCUUAAAGGUUUUGCAUACUGUGGUGGCACCAUGCACACUUGAAGGCCUUGCAUACUGUGGUGGCACCAUGCUCGCUUGAAGGCCUUGCGUACUAUGCUCACUUGAAGGCCUUGCGUACCGUGGUGGCACCACGCUCACUUGAAGGCCUUGCGUACUGUGGUGGCACCAUGCUCGCUUGAAGGCCUUGCGUACUGUGGUGGCACCAUGCUCACUCGAAG